UCAUAAUAAAUCUAUUAAAAAGUCAAAUGGCCUUCCAGUAACAGAGGUCCCAUCACUUGAAAUGAAGGAAGGACAGAUAUGUACCACAUUUCAGAAAUAUCCUCCAGUCAGAAACUGAGAAAUUAACAAUGUCAAGUUGCCUUCAGGGGGAGAAGAAGCUGGGAUCGGACAUUCCAGAUGAUGCUAAAGAUCUUAUUCGCACAGCAGAUGGUCCCACAAGACUCCUUAUGAAGGAAAGGUUCAAACAAUUUGAAGGACUAGGGAAUGAUUGUGAAUAUAAACAAGGUGAAAAGGAGAUUACUCACACAGAUCUGGACAGGUUCUGGGAUAUGAUUAGUUUUCAGAUAGAAGAUGUAAAGCAAAAAUUCAACAAUCUGACCAGACUUGAAGAAUCUGGGUGGCAAAACAAUAGUAAUGCAAGCAUUUUAGUCUUCAGGAAAAAAGUCAUCUCAGGUAUGGUGAAUAAACCAAAACAAAUUCUUCCACAUAAUGGUGGAAGAAUUGCAGCUAGAAAUCGCUUGGCUGUCAUAAAAAGUACAGAGAGAGAGAAGACGAAGCUGGGAGAACAUGCGGAGGCAGCAGCCUCUAUGAUGCCAAAGGAGAUUGAUAAAAUAGUGUUUGAUGCUGGAUUUUUCAGGGUUGAAAGUCCCAUUAUAUCAUUUUCAAGACUUUCCAUUUCUUUUGAACAUCCUUCUCAAAAGACGUUGAACACCUAA